AUGCUGCCACGUCAUGUCAAGGAGGACGUCGAACCGAUUCAUUUGUUAGGAUUUAACAUUGCCAGGAAGUAAGUGCGUUAGAAAUGUCAUAGAAAUUAUCAGUUGAAUUCAGACCAAGAUGGCUGCAGUUCGUCCUGCUUUCCGGAGCCAUUUUUGUUUUGUAUGUAGGAUACGGGUAUAUGCAGGUACAUAAAAGUAUUGAUAAAAAUUGUUUCAACGAUAAAGGAUUCAGGAAUUGAUAUUCAAAUUGCCGGGAAUGAAGCCGUUCGGCUGGACGCUCACUCUCAUUCAAUUCCUGAUUUAUAGUGGAUGCGGGUACACAGAAGGCGUCAUUUGGCACAAUACGAGAAGAAUGUAAUUGAGAAAUCAUAAAAAGACCAUUUGAAGUUUCGUUCAGGAUUCCAUGGCGAAUCUAUGGAGUCAUCGCCUUCUUCACAGUCGCCACAAUGGGAUUAUCAAACGCUUCGGUCGGCUAUCUGAACUAUCCAACGCAAGUGAUUUUCAAGUGCUGCAAACUGAUUCCAGUGCUCAUCGGAGGCAUUUUGAUCCAAGGAAAACGUUACGGUUGGAUCGAUAUUAGUGCGGCGAUUCUGAUGAGUUUGGGUGAGAUUUGGAGCAGCUCGUUGCGGCAAGAAAGUUCGUUGUUUAGGAAUCAUCAUGUUCACUUUGGCCGACAACAAAGUCGCUCCCAACUUCGACUCGCGAGGAUACAUAAUGAUCUGCGGAGCACUGCUCGCCGACGCCGUCAUUGGAAAUAUUCAAGAGAAGAAUAUGAAGAAGUACGGCGGAUCGAGCAACGAAGUGGUGAGCUUUCAGCCUCUUUUCACUCGAAUUCCCGUCAAGUGCCAUUCUAGGUCUUGUACUCGUACGGCCUCGGAUCAACUUUCAUCUUUGCCUACGUCGUUCUCUCCGGAGAGAUCUUCAGCGCUGUUCCGUUCUUCAUGCAGAACUCGUGGAAAACAUUUGGAUACGCACUGAUCUUCUCGUUCCUCGGAUACCUCGGAGUCAACGUCGUGCUCACUCACAUCAAAGUGUUCGGAGCUCUCGUCGCCGUGACUGUGACGACUCUCCGGAAGGCGCUCACCAUCAUUCUCUCCUUUCUGCUCUUCUCGAAACCGUUCACAAUCGAGUAUUUGUACGCGGGAGCAGUCGUUAUGCUGGCCAUUUAUCUGAAUCUGUACAGCAAGAACAAAGCCUCGUGGGAUACGAUCAUUCGGAAGUUCGUGGCAAGGGCCAUGGGGUAUCGGACAGGAUCAGUGAUUCGAAAGGAUGCGAUGAUGGUUUAG